AGUGCAGCGUUCUCCUCCUUGAAUCGGACGAAUGAAAGAAGAUGUUUGUUUUCAUGUGGCGGCGGUAUUAAGGCAUCUUUAAACAUGGCUCUCAAUGGAGGGGGAAGCAGAGGAUUUUACUUCAACACCGUCUUGUCUUUGGCUCGGUCGUUGGCAGCUCACAGGCAGGCCCCGCUAGAAAAGGUACAGAAGCUACAAUGCAUGUGCCCCACAGACUACAGAGGAGUCUUCCAGCUGGAUGAGAGGAGGAGAGAUGCUGUCAUUGCUCUGGGCAUCUUUCUGGUUGAGUCAAACCUGCAGCACAAAGAUGCUAUUGUCCCCUACCUUCUUGGGUUGCUUAAAGGGCUUCCUAAAGUUCAGUGGAUUGAAGAGAGCUCAGAGCGCAAAGGAAGGGAGACCCUUCCUGUCGCGGAGAACUUCACCUUUGGUCUGGUAACACUACUGUCAGAUGUUGCCCAACGUGAUGAAACCUUACGAGGACAGAUCCUGGAGGCGAUCAUGGACAUCAUGCAGAUCCUGCAAGAUAUCUGCAAGAAUCCAGAAGUCCACGAUAAAGAAUACCUGUGCAGGUACACUGUGCCCACCCUGCUGGGUGUUGCUCGAGCAUUUGGCCGCUACAGCAACACUGAUGAGCCGUUACUGUCCAAGCUGUUCCCCCGACCGGUUGCUCCUCUCCCGGCUACGGCGGAUGAAAGUGAUGCACCGCACCGGCGCUCCUUCAAUGACUUCCGCUCCAUCAUGCCGAGCUCUUUACUGUCGGUGUGUCAGGGAGACACUCUGAGGCGCAAAGGCUCCAGUCAGCAGGCCAGUCCAGAGAGAGCCUGUCUGACCCCCAUCUCCCCCUCUGACCCCUCCGCACAGUACUUUGAAGGUUCAUACCUCCCUGAUGGCAGCGCAGUGGACCCUGACUACUACUUCUCCACCAUCAGCUCCAGCUUCUCCGUCUCCCCUCUUUUCACUGGAAGCAGCUCCGGAGAGUUUCAUGUCCCUCUGGAUAUGCUCAAACAGACCCUUCACAUGGUUGAACAUUUUGUCUCUGAGACAUUUUUAAAAACACUGGAUGACGCCUUGGCAGAAGUUAUAGAGUUGAAUCCCGGCUUUCAUCUGUACUACAAAACCUUCAGUGAUCCUCUGUAUGUAGCCAUUUUCAAAAUGCUAAGAGACACGCUUUACAAUUUAAAAGACCUACAGACAGACUAUGUGAAGGAGGUUCAUGACUUUGUGCUGGAGCAGUUCAGCAGCAGCCAGUCGGAGCUGCAGAGGAUCCUGCAUGAUGUUGAGUAUCUCCAGAGUGAACUGAGCCCUCUCAAACUGCGCUGCCAGGCCAACGCUGCCUGUGUGGACCUCAUGGUGUGGGCAGUGACUGAAGAGCAAGGAGCUGAGAACCUUUGCACCAAACUAUCAGAGAAGCUGCAGUCCAAGACGUCGAGCAAAGUCAUCAUCGCUCACAUGCCACUCCUCAUCUGCUGCUUACAGGGCCUGGGUCGUCUGUGUGAGCGCUUUCCGGUGGUGGCCCACUCUGUCACCAUGUCCCUGAGAGACUUCUUGGUGGUACCCUCUCCUGUCCUGGUGAAGCUGUACAAAUACCACACCCAGUGCGCUCAAGGGACUGGUGAGAUAAAGAUCCAUGUGACCAACGAACAUUCCCAGUCAACCCUCAGUACAAAUUCGAGCAAGAAGAGCCAGCCCUCCAUGUACGAGCAGCUACGGGAUAUCUCCAUCGAUAACAUCUGCAGGUGCCUGAAAGCCGGACUCACUAUGGAUAAUGUCAUCGUAGAAGCUUUUCUCGCCAGCCUGUCUAACCGUCUCUACAUCUAUCAGGAGAAUGAUAAGGAUGCUCACCUGAUCCCAGACCACACCAUCAGGGCUCUGGGUCACAUCGCUGUGGCUUUACGGGACACCCCCAGAGUAAUGGAGCCCAUCCUCCAGAUCCUGCAGCAGAAGUUCUGUCAGCCUCCCUCACAGCUCGACGUCCUCAUCGUAGACCAGCUAGGCUGCAUGGUCAUCACUGGCAAUCAAUACAUCUACCAGGAAGUGUGGAAUCUGUUCCAGCAGAUCAGUGUGAAAGCCAGCUCCAUGGUUUACUCUAACAAAGACUACAAGGACCAUGGAUACAGACACUGUUCCUUGGCUGUGAUAAACGCUCUGGGUAACAUAGCAGCGAACCUGCAGGCGGAGCAGAUGGUGGACGAGCUUCUUGUCAACCUACUGGAGCUCUUUGUCCAACUGGGCUUAGAGGGGAAGAGAGCCAGCGAGAGAGCGCCAGACAAAGGCCCGGCUCUGAAGGCAUCAAGCAGUGCUGGAAACCUUGGUGUCUUGGUUCCAGUUAUUGCAGUGCUGACUAAGAGGUUGCAACCAAUUAAAGAAGCAAAGCCGCGUCUGCAGAAGCUCUUCAGGGACUUCUGGCUCUACUCUGUUGUCAUGGGAUUUGCUGUUGAGGGCUCAGGUCUGUGGCCGGAGGAAUGGUAUGAGGGAGUUUGUGAGAUUGCAACCAAAUCACCGCUGCUCACUUUUCCAAGCGGGGAACCUUUACGCUCAGAGCUCCAGUACAACUCUGCACUGAAGAAUGACACUGUCACUCCGGCGGAACUGAAUGAUCUGCGGAGCACCAUCAUCAACCUGCUGGAUCCUCCUCCUGAGGUUUCUGCUCUCAUCAACAAGCUGGACUUUGCCAUGUCCACAUAUUUACUGUCUGUGUACAGAUUGGAAUACAUGAGGAUGCUGCGUGCUCUGGACUCUGAACGCUUUCAGGUCAUGUUUCGAUACUUUGAAGACAGAGCAAUACAGAAGGAUAAAUCUGGCAUGAUGCAGUGUGUCAUUGCUGUGAGCGACAAGGUUUUUGAGGUCUUCCUGCAUAUGAUGGCUGAAAAGCCAAAAACCAAAGCCCACGAGGAGGAGCUGGAACGACAUGCUCAGUUCCUCUUGGUCAACUUCAACCACAUCCACAAGAGGAUCCGCAGAGUGGCUGACAAAUAUCUGUCCGGCCUGGCUGAAACUUUCCCCCACUUGCUGUGGAGUGGCCGUGUGCUGAGAACCAUGUUAGACAUCCUGCAGACGCUUUCCCUCUCACUCAGUGCAGACAUUCACAAGGACCAACCUUAUUACGACAUCCCAGACACUCCACAUAGAAUCACCGUCCCAGACACAUACGAAGCCAGAGAGAGCAUAGUGAAGGAUUUUGCUGCUCGUUGUGGAGAGAUUCUUAAAGAGGCGAUGAAGUGGGCGCCAUCUGUGACCAAAUCCCACCUCCAGGAGUAUCUGAACAAACAUCAGAACUGGGUGUCGGGUCUGUCCCAGCACACGGGCCUGGCCAUGGCUACAGAGAGCAUCCUGCACUUUGCUGGUUACAACAGACAGAGCAGCACACUGGGGACCACUCAGCUGACUGAGAGACCAUCCUGUGUGAAGAAGGACUACUCCAACUUCAUGGCCUCCCUCAACCUCAGGAACAGAUACGCUGGAGAGGUAUCUGGUAUGAUCAACUUCUCCGAGGCAGUUCGAGGACAAUCCGAUCUGAGCCAGAUGAUGAUCAAGCAGAUGGGAGAGGCUUUAGAAUCUGCACAACCUAAAGCCUUCACUGAGUCCAUGUUCAAACUGGCUGCUUUGCUCAUUAGCUCCAAAGAAUGCGAUCCUCAGCUCCUGCACCACCUCUGCUGGUCUCCUCUCAAGAUGUUCACAUCACACGGCAUGGAAACAGCUAUCGCCUGCUGGGAGUGGCUGUUGGCAGCACGUGUUGGAGUGGAAGUACCGUUUAUGCGGGAGAUGGCAGGAGCGUGGCAGAUGACGGUGGAGCUUAAGAUGGGCUUGUUCUCCGACGCUCAGGUGGAGGCUGAUCCUCUGGCUGCUUCAGAGGAGAGUCAGCCUAUCCCCUGCCCUCCAGACGUUAACCCUCACCAAAUAUGGAUCGAGUUUCUAGUCCAGAGGUUUGAGAUUGCAAAGUAUUCCAGCGCAGAUCAGGUUGAGAUCUUUGGCAGUCUGCUACAACGCUCCCUGUCUCUCAAUGUCGGUGGGGCGAAGAGUAGCCUCAACCGCCACGUAGCUGCCAUUGGGCCUCGUUUCAGGCUGCUGACUCUGGGACUGGCUCUGCUCCACUCUGAUGUCCUCACAAAUUCAACUGUAAGAAAUGUGCUCCGAGAGAAGAUCUAUUCUACAGCCUUUGAUUACUUCAGCGCCCCUCCGAAGUUUCCAACCCAAGGUGACAAGCAUCUCCGCGAGGACAUCUGCAUCAUAAUCCGUUUCUACGCCAGCAUCCUGUCUGACAAGAAGUACCUGGCAGCAUGCCACUUGGUCCCACCUGGUGAGCUUGGUACUACCCCGGCCCCGAGCACGCUCUCUGCCGGGAUAUUUGGAUCGCUUAUCGUGUCCAGCACUUCUCCGAUUUCCCUCUUAAAUAAUCAGGACCCGUCCCUGAACAGUCUGUCGGUGAUGAACGCAGCCGACCUCCGGAGCAGCAUGGACUCCAGUGCUCGCUCCCAGCAGAGCAGCCAGGGCUGGAUCAACACCUACCCGCUGUCCAGUGGCAUGUCCACUGCAUCCAAGAAAUCAGGGACGUCUAAGAAGAGUAACAGAGGGACGCAGCUUCACAAAUACUACAUGAAACGCAGGACUCUGUUGCUGGCCCUGCUGGCCAGUGAGAUCGAACGUUUGACCACGUGGUACAACCCCCUCUCCGCUCAGGAGCUGGCCAUCGCAACGGAGCAAUCUGUGGAGACCAGCAUCGCCAACUGGAGGUCCAAAUACAUCAGUCUGACAGAGAAACAGUGGAAGGACAACGUGAACCUGGCCUGGGGCAUCGCACCUUACCUGGCCAUGCAGCUACCAACAAGGUUUAAGAAUGAUGCUAUUGUUGCUGAAGUGACCCGGCUGGUGAGACUGGACCCCGGAGCCGUCAGUGAUGUCCCUGAGGCUGUCAAGUUCCUGGUGACGUGGCACACUAUCGAUGCAGACUCUCCUGAGCUGAGCCACAUCCUGUGUUGGGCUCCAACAGACCCGCCCACUGGUCUGUCGUACUUCAGCAGCAUGUACCCUCCUCAUCCUCUCACCGCUCAGUACGGGGUGAAGGUGCUGCGCUCCUUUCCUCCAGAUGCCAUCUUGUUCUACAUCCCUCAGAUUGUUCAGGCUCUCCGUUAUGACAAGAUGGGCUAUGUGAGAGAGUACAUCCUGUGGGCGGCCCAAAAGUCUCAACUUCUCGCCCAUCAGUUCAUCUGGAACAUGAAGACCAACAUCUUCAUGGACGAGGAGGCGCACCAGAAAGACCCUGACAUCGGGGAGCUGUUGGAGCAGAUGGUGGAGGAGAUCACAGGCUCUCUGUCGGGUCCGGCCAAAGACUUCUACCAAAGAGAGUUCGACUUCUUCAACAAGAUCACCAACGUGUCUGCCAUCCUCAAGCCUGUUCCUAAGGGAGAGGAGAGGAAACGGGCCUGCCUCAAAGCUCUGUCCGAUAUCAAAGUCCAGCCAGGCUGUUACCUACCAAGUAACCCUGAAGCCAUAGUGCUGGACAUCGACUACAAGUCAGGAACACCCAUGCAGAGUGCUGCCAAGGCGCCCUAUCUGGCCAAGUUCAAGGUGAAGCGCUGUGGAGUGAGUGAGUUGGAGAAGGAGGGUCUCCGCUGCCCCACAGACUAUACAGACGAAGGAGAGGAGAAUCCGGACGGAUCACGCAGGAUCUGCUGGCAGGCGGCCAUCUUUAAAGUGGGAGACGACUGCAGACAGGAUAUGCUCGCUCUGCAGAUCAUUGGGCUUUUUAAGAAUAUUUUCCAGCUGGUGGGCCUGGAUCUGUUUGUUUUCCCCUACAGAGUGGUGGCCACUGCACCAGGGUGUGGUGUGAUCGAGUGCAUCCCAGACUGCAAGUCCAGAGACCAGCUGGGCAGACAGACUGACUUCGGGAUGUACGACUACUUCCGCAACCAGUACGGAGAUGAAUCCACCCUCGCUUUCCAGAAGGCUCGGUAUAACUUCAUCCGCAGCAUGGCCGCCUACAGCCUGCUGCUGUUCCUGCUGCAGAUCAAAGACAGACACAACGGCAACAUCAUGCUGGACAGCAAGGGCCACCUCAUCCACAUAGACUUUGGCUUCAUGUUUGAGAGCUCUCCUGGAGGUAACCUGGGCUGGGAGCCUGACAUCAAGCUGACCGACGAGAUGGUGAUGAUCAUGGGAGGAAAGAUGGAGGCCACGCCGUUCAAAUGGUUCAUGGAGAUGUGUGUCAGAGGAUACCUGGCUGUACGACCCUACAUGGAUGCAGUGGUUUCCCUAGUGACUCUCAUGCUGGACACUGGACUGCCAUGUUUCAGAGGACAGACGAUCAAAUUACUCAAAGGACGGUUUAACCCUCAAAUGAGUGAGAAAGAAGCGGCAGCCUUCAUCAUUAAAGUCAUCCAAAGCUGUUUCCUCAGCAGCAGGAGCAAAACGUACGACAUGCUGCAGUAUUACCAGAACCAAAUUCCUUACUGAAAGACUUCUGCCGGACCGCCACUGUCCGUCCGAUACAAACGUCUCUACACAAGCAAUGCAAACCUUCUUUGGGUUGAUUUUAAAAAGGCUGUGCGAUGCAUUUUCCACUCCGAAACAACAAUAUGGCACUUUGAUCCUAAAGCUCUGAUUUUAUUCAGCAUACUCUAAGUUGUCGGAUUUUAUAUUGUACUUCUGUGUUUUAAAGUACGUCUUCAUUCAACUUGAGACUAAAGAACAAUGAACAACUUUUACCAAAACAGGUAUUUAAACCACCCUUUAAGUAUUUUCUUCUUGAUGCUGUUGCUUGUUUCUAACACUAACUGUCACACUGGAGGAAGAAGUUUUUGUCAAAGCAGCUCUAAUCAUCAUUGUGAUCAAUUGUUACUAUGCUGUUAUCCACUUUUAUGCACUUUAUAAAUCCCAGUAUUUCAUCGGCUUCUCCUGCCUAUGAUCACAAGCUUAAAUAUUAUUAUUAUAAAUUAGAGACAAAGCAAUCUGCAUUUUAAUCAACUGAUUCUGUAAUCACAUUAUUUUUGAUUUAGUAGAAUACUAAAGCUGGUAGACAGAUCCAGAAUUACUCUGCAUUUAAUCUAACAGUAGUUUUUAGGAAUACAAUUGGUAUUUAGAGAAUCAAAUGUAAUUAUGCUGUAGUACGUACUGUAGAAUAUUUACUGUAGAUCAAAUCAACAUCGCAGCUAGUUUUCUGUGAUUUAUGUGGAACUUGUAGAGUGUAUGUGAAGAACUUAUUAAUCAGAAGAUUAUAAUAGCUGUACUGCUUUGAAGAUAACCCUCAAAGCCAGUCGUGUCUCACAUCAAAAUGUUAGCUUUUGCUUUGUUUCAGUUAUGUAGAGAUUGUUUAUUUUCCACUACAUGAAUCUGAUGACUGACGACCUGCAGUUUGAGGAACCUGUACGGCUUUGGUGCAAGGUCCUGCUUUUUUGUUUCCACUGUGUUUUUUAAACUGGGUUGUUAUGGGUAUACCUCUUCAAAAAUACAUUUCAAAUGCUCUGUUUCUAAGCAGCGCUAAAAGGAAGGACAAGUGUAGAGAACAGAAGAGGAAAGCAGAACCUGUGGCUUCAUGUUAAGUUCCUGUUGUGGAAAAGGACAUGAGGAUAGAGUAAAGCUGCAACAGUACAUUUGUCAAUUAAAUUAAAAGUAAAUGUCUACUAUUUUCAAAAUCUAUUAAUUGUUUAAGUAAUUUGUCCUAUAGAAAAGUCAGAAAAUAAUGUUUCAAGCUUCUCAAAUAUGAAGCCGUUCCCUUUUUUUCUCAGUUUUAUCUAAUAUUAAACUGAAUAUCUGGAGAAACUGGGAUGAAAAACGAAUUUCUGAUAUUUAUAGACCAUUUAUAGACCGAACAAUGAAUAGAUUGUAUUCGGCAGAUUAGCUAGCUGACGGCAGACCAGGAACCCACUGACUGCUAAUCACAUGUAUGUCUUGUCUUAUGAAAUGUGUCAGAAACAUUUUCCUAACAUGUAACUGUUUGGAAACAUUCCUUUGUGUAUCUGAGUUAUAUUGAAUCACUUGGGUUUGGAGUUUUGUUGGAUGAUCUUGCUUUUACCGCUGCAGACGAUGAUUAUACCUUAAAAGCCAUUUCUCAUAUACCUAAGGUAGAAACACAACUGUAGUAAUACUUGACGAAAACCCUAACCUUAUGCAAUAUAUUGAUGUAUAUUGAUGCUGUACUUAUUUGUUAUAUGCUCAACAAAUGAACUAGCUAUAAUUCCUUCCAUCGUGAGAAGUGUUUCUCUGUCUGUCUUAGUGUCGUUGCAGAAUCGACGUAAACGCAAGUACUUGUUUAAUGGCUUGUAAAAGAGUUAAAGAGGCUGCUGUGAUAAACUCUUUAUGAAGCCAUUUCAAUGUAGUGGAUUUUAUUCUUGAGUUGCUGUAUUUUAAAUGAGUUAGUCAUCCCGUAUCUCAAUCAGAUAUGUAAUAUAUAAAUGUGUGUGCAUUUUUUGUUUGUAUUUGCUCAGUUUGUGGCGACAUCAUUGACGGUUCAGAUUAAUCACCUCUGUUGUUCUGAUAAUAUGUGAAAAUGUCUUCUUUCCAGAUUAAAUGUGUAAACAUUUCAAA